CGGUCACCUUCCCUCUUGCCAUACUCCGCGCCAUAUCAGACAUAAUGCGUUUCCGAACCCAAUUGAAGAAUACCAGAACUUUUUCCAAAUUAACUGCCUCGCUGUCAUCACUGGGCAAAGUAUGUUGGAUGCGGCUGGAAUACGACGUAGUCCGCUUCACAGUGAUCCCAGAGCAAGGCACCCAAGUAUGGGCACAGAUCCCGGUUGACACCAUCUUCGAGGAGUCAUCGUAUCAAUUAGAAUCCAACUCAAAUGCAAUCAAUAUCGAAAUCAACAUCAGCCUUCUGAACCGUGCGCUGCGGUCAACAUUCGGCGCCUCAUCCUCUCAACUGCGCCUGACAAAGAAAGACAAGAUGCCACUGCUCGCGCUCACAGUACUCACUACUGAAUGGACCGAGGGUAAUAUGGCCCUUGCCACCGACGAACCAGGCGAACAAAGCCACGCAACAGGCCCAUCCGCCCAAGGUGAUGUCGUCGGCGACCGGCGAGCGCGUGAGCGUGAAACGUGGAUCACGCAGGAAGUCCCCAUCAAGAUCCUACACGAAGACGUAGUAGAAAGCCUCCACGAGCCGCAUUGCCCGGAUCCAGAUGUAUACAUCAUUCUGCCAAACCUGAUGCAGUUGAAGAGUAUCUCAGACCGAUUCACUAAGCUUGCCUCUUCGGACAGCAAGGGCCGACAGUCUGGGAUCGUGGUUGCGGACCCGGCGGCCUCUACUACCGGUGCCACGGCGCUUUCUACUAAUUCGGCCCCCAAACUGGAGUUGUCGGCUAACAUGCACGGUAAAUUGCGCCUCGCGAUUGCGACGGAUGAUUUGCGCAUUGCCAGCGUAUGGUCCGGACUCGUGAAUCCUCCUCUGGAUCCUGCACAUAUCACGCAGGACCAGGCGUCUCAACUACCUAGUGAGCGAAUGCGCGAAGCCGGUGACGAUGAUGAGGCUGGAUGGGCAAAAGUGAGGAUUGAUGGGAAAGAUUGGGGUCGGGUGCUGAGCGUAGGAAGAUUGAGUCCGAAGGUCGUUGCUUGCUUUAUCAACGAAACGGCGCUAGUUUUGUAUGUCUACCUACCAGGCAGUUGGAACGGCGAGGAAUCAUGUCUGACUUACUACAUCAAUUCUUUCACGACGUGAAUAAUCAAUCUCUAUCUGGUUUAUCUAAGAUAAAUGGGC